UGCCACGAGAUCCUGCCGCAGAGCUACGCAGUUACGUAUUUACGGUGUGGCCACUACUGCUACGUAGCUCUGAGCCUGGAAACUGGAUCGAUGGCGAUCGGGGCAGGACCGUUGACGGGGAGCCUGUGGUAAACCCGGUGCGUGGCGAUAGGCCUGCCACUGCCACGAGGUAUAAAGUCUGAGGGAGAGCGCCUCCCUGAUCUGCUAUUCCUUUCUAUCUUCGUUAUCCACUACUUCUCUUUAUCCUGAUACCCCUCCUCUACUUCUUCUUCAAUCAAAAUGAACACCGACUACAAGUUCGAGGGCUGGGUUGGCCUUGAUGCCAGCGCCGCCGAGGGCAAGAUGCAGUGGCAGGAGUUCGAGCCCAAACCGUGGGAGGAAACAGACGUCGACAUCAAAAUCACACACUGCGGAAUCUGCGGAUCGGAUUUGCAUACCCUGCGAAGCGGAUGGGGCCCCACCGACUACCCCUGCUGUGUGGGCCACGAGAUUGUCGGCACAGCCGUCCGCGUCGGCUCCCAAGUCAAGCACAUCAAGGUCGGCGACCGCGUCGGCGUCGGCGCUCAGGGCGAGUCAUGUCUCUCGCGCAAGGGCGAUUGCGAGGACUGCGCCUCUGGUAACGAGCAGUAUUGCACCAAGCACUUCUCUGGAACAUACAACGGCCAGUUCAUGAACGGCGGAAAGUCCUACGGCGGAUACGCGCGGUAUAACCGCUCACCUGCACACUUCACCUUCAAGAUCCCCGAUGGUCUCGACUCUGCCGCUGCGGCCCCAAUGAUGUGCGGUGGUGUCACCGUCUACAACCCGCUCCGCCACUACGGCUGUGGUCCAGGCAAGACGGUGGGUAUCAUUGGAGUGGGAGGCCUCGGCCACUUUGGUGUGCUCUUCGCCAAGGCCCUGGGCGCCGACAAGGUCAUCGCCAUCUCGCGCCGGUCCGACAAGCGCGAGGACGCCCUCAAGAUGGGCGCGGACAAGUACAUUGCCACCGCCGAGGACGCCAACUGGGCCGCGGAGAACAAGCGCACCCUCGACCUGAUCGUGUGCACCGUCUCCUCGUCCAAGAUGCCCAUUUCCGACUACGUCUCGCUGCUCAAGAGGGACGGCACGUUCGUGCAGGUCGGUGCCCCUGAGGACGGGGCGCUGACUAUCCCGGCCCAUGUCUUGGUUAUGAACGGUGUCAAGCUUGCUGGGUCGUUGAUUGGGUCGCCCGAGGUUAUUCGCGAGAUGCUGCAGUUGGCUGCGGAGAAGAAGAUUCAGCCGUGGGUUGAGCAGAGGCCAAUGAAGGAGGCGAACAAGGCCAUUGUCGACAUGGAGGAGGGCGUUGCCCGGUAUCGCUAUGUGCUGGUGAAUGAGAACUAGAUCUUGUGGGAUGAGAUGAGCGAUGUGUGACGAGAGACGAACGAUGUAUAUUAUAGACUAGACCUCAAUAGCCCUGUAAAAUGUUACUUUUGACUAUUCAGACCAUGCUUUGAUGCGCUUGUAGUCUGUAUCGCCAAU